CCUUGCUUGGAGAAGGGUUCAGUCUCCCCUCUUCUUGAAGCCGCUCCCUCUUCUCCUCGCCCGAUCGCUCCGUUCGCCUUCUUCAUUCCUCGCUCGCGAAUAUGGGUGACAGCCAGUACUCCUUCUCCCUCACCACCUUCAGCCCUUCGGGGAAGCUCGUUCAGAUCGAGCACGCCCUAACGGCCGUCGGAUCGGGACAAACCUCUCUCGGGAUCAAAGCAUCCAAUGGUGUUGUUAUUGCAACCGAAAAGAAGCUUCCUUCCAUUUUGGUGGAUGAGACAUCAGUGCAAAAGAUCCAGCUUAUGACAACAAAUAUUGGAGUUGUUUAUAGUGGGAUGGGCCCAGAUUCUCGUGUUCUAGUAAGAAAAAGUAGAAAACAAGCACAACAAUAUUUUCGGCUAUAUAAGGAGGCUAUUCCUGUAACACAACUUGUCAGAGAAACUGCAGCAGUUAUGCAGGAAUUUACACAAUCUGGUGGUGUAAGGCCAUUUGGAGUUUCCCUUCUGAUUGCUGGAUAUGAUGACAAUGGUCCACAGUUAUAUCAGGUUGACCCAUCAGGUUCAUAUUUUUCUUGGAAGGCUUCAGCAAUGGGGAAAAAUGUUUCUAAUGCUAAGACAUUUCUUGAGAAGAGGUACACUGAGGAUAUGGAGCUUGAUGAUGCUGUUCACACUGCCAUAUUGACUCUAAAAGAAGGGUUUCAAGGGCAGAUUUCUGGCAAGAACAUCGAGAUUGGAAUAAUAGGUGCUGACCGAAAAUUCAGAGUACUAACACCGGCUGAAAUCGAUGAUUAUUUGGCGGAGGUGGAGUAGCAGUUCAGUUAGUGAGUCAUGCUGUUGCUUUUGGCCUAAUGCAUGUUGAGGUUCUUCUCCUGGGCAUUCGUGUGUUUAGAUACCAAUUAAAACUUUCUUAGAUGUGGCUACUUGCAAAAAAGGCCUCAUUUAUUUCUAUCCAGGGGAACAGAUCUUGUGAUAUCAGUUGCUUUUGAAUCCUCAAGGGUUUAAAGAUAGCUUCAAGCCAUUUCACUUGGUUAGAUACUGUCCUUGCUUUGAAACAAUUCCCUUUCUUUUAUCCUGCACUGUUGUCUGUCACUGUUCAACUUCUUCUCACAUGUAGUUUUCGAAUAACUUAUUUGUGUGACUUGUGCAUUAAUAUU